CCCGGCUGAGCCAUGCCGCCGGAUAGGAGCGUGGUGUCCAAGCGCGGCCCGGCCUGGAACCGGCGCGGGAGCCUGCGCCGGGGUCGGGGCGGGGGCCUGGGCCGGGGUCGGGGCCGGAGUCGGGAGGUCGCUAAGUCAGCCCGCUCUGUCCGGAAAAAGACCUCUCCCCGGCCUGAUGGCGGGCCCGGCCCCAGCUCCUCGGCGGACGAGCAGAGGCGGCUCCAGCAACUGCACCGGCUGGCACUGGGCGCCGACAAGCCGGAGGUGGAGCGGUGCCUGGAGGAGCUGGUGUUCGGCGACGACGCAUUAGACGAGGAGGACCUGCUGCUGGGGCGGCUGCGGAGCCUCGGGGAUGAUAUCCAUGAAGAUUCUAGUGACUCAGAAGUGGAAAAUGAAGCAAGAAAAGAUAUUCCUCCAAAAAAGAAGCCGGCGUGGGUGGAUACUGAAGACGAAGAUGAAGAAGAAAUUGACAUGACUCAUCGGUUUCGGAAAAAUAUGAUAAAAAAUGCAGGAGAAAAGAAACUCUCCAAAGGCAAACUCCAAAAGAGACUUAAAGAAGAAUUUCAGCAUGCAAUGGGUGGAACACCUUCCUGGGCAGAGAUUAGCAGGAAGAAGAUACAUUCAGACGAUGAAAGUGAUGAGGAUGAAGAUGACCUCUUGAAAAGGACAGGAAAUUUUAUAUCCACAUCAGCGUCUUUACCACGUGGUAUCCUUCAGAUGAAGAGUUGCUUGAAUGCAAAUGCUGAACGUCCUUCUUCUGCUAAGAUCUCAUCAGUGCAGUUCCACCCUUCUGCUCAAGUUAUUAUGGUUGCUGGAUUGGAUAAUGCUGUGUCCCUGUUUCAGGUUGAUGGAGAAACAAAUCCUAAAAUCCAGAGCAUCUAUUUAGAACAGUUUCCUGUCUACAGGGCCCGUUUCAGUGCCAGUGGAGAAGAAGUUCUAGCCACGAGCAAUCUCAGCAAGAUACUUUAUGUAUAUGACAUGAUGGGUGGAAAUGUAAUUCCUGUGCAUCAAGUAAGGGGUUUAAAGGAGAAGUUUGUCAGAAACUUUGAAAUAUCACCAGAUGGAUCUUUUUUGCUCUUAAAUGGUUCUUCAGGAUAUUUUCAUCUACUUUCAAUGAAGACGAAAGAGCUGAUUGGCAGUAUGAAAAUAAAUGGAAAAGCAGCAGCAUCAGCUUUCUCAUCAGAUAGCACAAAAAUAUAUGCCAGCUCUGUGGAUGGUGAAGUUUACAUUUGGGAUGUGAAUACCAGGAAGUGCCUGAACAAAUUUACUGAUGAAGGAUGUUUGCGUGGAUUAAGCAUUGCUGUGUCUAGGAAUGGACAAUAUGUUGCUUGUGGUUCCAGUUCUGGUGUCGUAAAUAUCUAUAACCAAGAUACUUGUCUCCGAGAAACUAACCCGAAGCCAAUAAAAGCCAUCAUGAAUUUGGUUACUGGCGUUACUUCUAUGGCCUUCAAUCCUACCACGGAAAUUCUAGCAAUAGCUUCUGGUGAAGCAAACGAAGCUGCUAGAUUGGUUCAUUUACCUUCCUGUACAGUGUUCUUAAACUUUCCUAUGAAUAGAAUUAAGCAGAUUUCCCUCGCUCAGACGUUGGACUUUUCUCCUAGAAGUGGAUACUUUGCACUGGGAAACAACAAGGGCAAAGCCUUAUUGUAUAGGUUGCACCAUUAUUCAGACUUCUGAGGAGGGUUGUUGCAGAUCCAGUUAAAGCACAAAAGAAGUUCUUGCUGAUAACUUUUUUUUUUUACUGUUUUCUAAAUAUAUGUUAAUAAAAGAAAGAUAAAUUAA